AUGUUUUUAGCUAAAUUGAACUGGGCCGAGCUGUAAAUUGCUUGGGCUCGAUUGCAUUCAGCUUGGCCGGAGUUCAUCUCUUAACAUUCUUCUCCUCCCGACUGAUCACUCACACAGAGAGACUUUUUUCGGAGCGUCCUCCGACUUUCGACAUCAGUACCUCCUGGUCUGAAAAUGACCGGAGGCGGCAGAGCAAGUGCUCGGAGCAGAAUCAAGUCCUCCUCAGACGCCUAUGGCCGCAACGAACCUCCUUCUUCGCCAAAACCAAAACCUCAUUCCAAACCCCUUAGCAGAGGCGGUAGAACUCACGAUUCCAUUCGAAUCUUCAAUGUCGAUCUCAAACUGAUGCUAGGAAUCAGCGUAAUCUCCUUCUUCUUCAUUUUUCUCCUCAUCCAUAAACUCGUCAAGCCCGCCGAACAAUCUCGAAGACCUAGGGUUGUCACUCCCUUCCCUGCUCCCAAAGUCAUGGACCUUCCUCAGUUUCAAGGCGAUCACAAGGAGAGCCUGUAUUGGGGAACAUAUCGCCCUCACGUUUACCUUGGAGUUCGUGCCAGGACUCCUCGUUCGUUGAUCGCUGGAUUAAUGUGGCUCGGUAUAAAGGACGGAAGGUAUUUCAUGAGGCAUGUGUGCCAAGAUUCUGAUGAGAUGAGUUUAUAUGGUUGGACCCACCAUAAUGGACGCGAUUUUGGUCACCAAGUAAUUGUUGACCAGGAGAUGACCUUGGCCACGAGUUUCUUGAAAUCGAAGCAGGAGGGAAGCGGUUAUGGAGGAGAUUGGGCGGUUAGAAUUGAUUUGCAAAACGAGAAAGCUAUGCAAAGCGAGGAACCAUGGAGAAAUACUGGACAUCUUUUUUUCUAUUUGGCUGAUGAAGAUGGAAGUGUUCUAAGUUUGAGUGGAGAUACCUUGGACAUUCAUGGGAAUUCUCUGCUCACAUCUGGUUCACGAAGGGAUGUUGGAAGUUGGCAGCUACAUAUGAAAUCACAGGAGGAUUUGGAAGUUCAUUAUUCUGGUUUUAGGACGCCUCACAUUCACAACUUAUCUGAUCUUGUGCAGCAAAAUCUAGCAACACAAGUAAAGUUUGAUCGACUCAAGUUGUCCGACACAUCUGAGGUGUCUCCAAAUAUUGUAGUUUUUCAGAUUUCUUCCAGGAUUCCAUUCAAGAUAGAUAUUGCAUAUCUUUCGGGCGCUAAUUCAGAGUCUCCAAGAAUAGAAGAACGCAUUACCAGCCUUACAGGUACCUCACUCACCAGUCAACUGAAAGAGAAGCAAAGAGAAUUUGACGCAAAGUUUGAGAAGAACUUUAAUAUGGCCAACAAGCUUGAUUUAGAAUCUAUUGUUGUUGGUAAGGCUGCCAUUGCAAACAUGUUGGGUGGCAUUGGCUACUUCUAUGGCCAGUCAAAAAUUUCACUCCCCAAAGAUUCCAAGUUGGAAAGUCGUGAUAAUUUUAUUGCAUAUUGGCCAGCUGAGCUUUACACGGCUGUUCCAAGUCGACCUUUCUUUCCUAGAGGAUUUUUGUGGGAUGAAGGUUUUCAUCAACUACUGAUUUGGCGGUGGGAUAUUCAUAUUUCCUUGGAUAUUAUUGGACACUGGUUAGAUCUAAUGAAUGUCGAUGGAUGGAUUCCACGUGAGCAAAUUUUAGGUGCUGAAGCUCUAAGUAAGGUCCCUGAGGAAUUUGUUGCUCAGCAUCCAACAAAUGGCAAUCCACCAACUUUAUUUCUGGUGUUACAUGAUCUGGUUCAUGGUUUAAAGAAAAACAAAUUUAGUUCCACUGAAAGUAAUGAAAUCUCUUCAUUCCUGGAACGUGCUUUUGUUCGCUUAGAAGCAUGGUAUCAAUGGUUCAAUACGACCCAAUCAGGCAAGGAAAUGAGUAGCUACUAUUGGCAUGGGAGAGACAACUCAACAACUCGGGAACUAAAUCCAAAGACACUUUCUUCUGGGCUGGAUGAUUAUCCACGUGCUUCACACCCAACUGAGGAUGAACGGCACGUGGAUCUUAGAUGUUGGAUGCAUCUUGCAGCAGAUUGCAUGCAUUCCAUUACUGAGCUGCUUGGGAAGAAAACCGAAGGAAAGGAUUAUGGUAUCACAGCCAAGCUUCUUUCAGGUUUUGAAAUUCUAAAUCAGAUGCAUUUUGAUGAUGAAUAUGGAGCAUAUCUUGAUUUCGGUUACCAUACAGAGAAGGUUCGUUUAAGUCAGAAAGAAAUAAACGUUGGAAACAAUUAUGCAAGUCGAGAGUUUGUUCGCGAAGUAUUAGAAAACCCUCAAUUGAGACUGGUUCCUCACAUUGGCUAUGUCAGUCUUUUCCCGUUCAUGAGGAGGCUCAUUCCACCUGAAUCAUCGAUUCUGGGAAAACAACUUGACCUUAUAUCAAAUAGAAGUAUCUUAUGGACUGAUUUUGGUAUCCGAUCUCUGGCCAAAACAAGCUCCUUGUACAUGAAACGCAACACAGAGCAUGACCCUCCUUAUUGGAGGGGUCCAAUUUGGAUGCAAAUGAAUUACUUGAUUCUGUCAGCACUUGACCAUUACUCUAAAGAGGAUGGACCAUUUAAAGAAAGAGCGAGAACCAUCUACGAUGACUUGCGGGGCAAUCUGAUUAGAAAUGUGGUUCGCAAAUAUCACCAAACUGGCUUUUUGUUUGAACAAUACGAUCAGAGGAACGGCAAGGGAAAAGGGGCGCGGCUUUUCACUGGUUGGACGUCUCUCGUGCUAUUGAUGAUGGGAGAAGCAUAUGGUGAAAGUUAGACCUCGUCACUACUUCCAAAUGUUGUGUAAAAUAAAUGAACGAUGGCAAUACGGGGAUACUUUCCUGCCAAAUGAGGUAGACGUUUUUUUUUUUUCA